ACAUUCAUCAUGGUGGAAAUAAUUUUCACUUUGUUCAGUAGUGGUGAUUUUCAUGCAAGUGUACCCUUUAAGCCCACCUGUAUUUAAGUUUAACAGUAGGGACCAUAUGAAAUGGAAAAAUGUGAGUUAUGUUUGAAUGAUCUAGCAUGUUGCAGCAGUACACUAAGCUAGAUCACUACAUUGUUGAUUGUGACAUGGUGUAAGCGUGGUUGGUAAAAAUGUAUAUUCAACAUUCAAGUAAAAUGGUAAUAUGUACAUGAAUAAGAGUAUUAAUCCUUUCAACUUUAGGUAUGAGUACUUGCACAAAGAGAGAGCAAAAGAUUUAGCAAAAAUGUGUAGCACAACCAAAUCUUAAAUGUUAAUUUGGCAUAAAAUAGUCACAUGGAUGUAAUAAGCAUAUAUAUAUAUAUAUAUCAGUAGAGCAUUAAACAUCAAAUAUCUUUGGUUUCAAUCCAGAGAUUAGUGGGAUUAAUAGGUAUGUGAUCUUAAAAGGUAUGUGGGCUUAAUAGGUAAGCUAAUCCUUCUGUAUUGAGUCAUCACUAUGUUGGCCAUUAGGCAUUAAAAUUGCACUAAUUCUGGGCAGUGGUAAAAAUACAGUUGUUACAUGUUGACCCCUUCCGAAAGUAUUGAGACUCUUCUAUUUCUGCACCUUUCCGAGUUAGACAAGAUUUAUAAUUGUUUAGAAUACAAUACCCAAUAAUUACAAAACGAAAAAAGGUUGUUUUGUCAAAUUAUUGAAAAUACAUUGAUAUCUUGUGCAUAUUAUGUAAAUCCUUUGCCAUGACGCUCAACAUUGAGCCCACAGUAUUUUCUGUGUCCUCUGAUCAUCCUUGGAACAUCUUUAGAACUUGAAGUACACUUGCAGCAGAUUCAAAAAUGAUGGCAAAUGCUUUUUAAUCGAUUGUAAAUUAAGUCUAUAACACAACAGAUUUCUGGACUAAGCCACUGAUAAGUCUGAAUACUUUCUGAAGCCACUCUAAGUGCUGUAUUUAACUAUAGGGAGAAGAUGAGCAUUUGCCUACAGAAUGUCAAUGGGCAGAAAUAGCGAGGCAGAUAUCAUAUUGGCUAAAGUUUCGGGCUACUGGUUCAAAUUGAAUGUCCAAAAAGCUAAAAACCAUAUGUAGUGCCUUUGAGCAAAGCACUUAAGCCAUCAAAUCUCUCGUAAAUUAUGCUGCAUAAGAGUUUCUGCUGAAUGACAAAAAUAGUACAAUUUAAUGCAAGUCACUGGUUGUAUGUGCACAUCUCCCUUGCCAGACUCCACAGCACCCCCACUGUGUAUAGUGGUGGUGGUGGUGGUGAACAUGCGUAAUAUUCGGUAUAAUGGGAAACACUAGACCGUGGGCUUGCUUUUGUUUUCAUAGAACAUUGCGGUGUUUGAGCUGGCAGACUGUCAUCUAGAAAGGACGUGCACUGCUUUUGACCAGGGCCAGUAGGACGUUGGUGAAAGGAUGUCCACUCCAGACCCUUCCAUGGGUGGCACCCCUCGACCAGGCCCUUCCCCAGGCCCAGGGCCCUCUCCUGGGGCGAUGCUAGGCCCCAGCCCCGGUCCUUCUCCAGGGGGGUCCUCUCACAGCAUGAUGGGACCUGCCCCAGGGCCUCCUACGUCGGGUCUCCCCCUGCCUCAGCCUGGUCCUUCUGGAUACUCCCAGGAGAACAUGCAUGCUCUGCACAAACCACUGGAAAGCCUGGAGCGGACUAGCAUGGAGCGGACUGGAUUAGAGAGGACUGGAUUAGAGAGGACCGGCAUGGAGAGGACUGGAUUGGAGAGGACCGGCAUGGAGAGGACUGGCAUGCAUGAAAAGGGCAUGAGUGACGAUUCACGCUUUGUCCAGAUGAAGGGCAUGUCCAUGAGGCAGGGGGGUCACACUGGUAUGGGUCCCCCACCCAGCCCCAUGGACCAGCACUCUCAAGGCUACCACUCCCCAUUAGGUGGCUCUGACCACUCCAGCCCGGUCCCGUCCAACGGGCCCCCGUCUGCCCCCCUGCAACCCUCCGGCAGCGGCCCUGGUUCUGGCCCGAACUCUUCGGACAAUUCCACCGGUGAUCCCCAAACCCUGGCAGGCCAGCAGAACCGAGCCGGCGGGGUGCAGCAAAGUGGCUCGGGGCCUCACGGUUUGAGCCCAGGCCCAACCACACCUGGCCCAUCGGGUGGAGGCCCCACUCCCUUCAACCAGAACCAGCUACACCAGCUGAGGGCACAGAUCAUGGCCUACAAGAUGCUGGCCCGGGGGCAGCCCCUGCCGGACCAUCUCCAGAUGGCUGUCCAGGGGAAGAGGCCCAUUGGAUGCAGCCCUGGGAUGCAGGGUCAGGGAGGACCGGGGCAGCCCAUGUCAAGCCUGGCCCCCGGGGGUCCUGGAGCUGUGGGGCCCGGAGGGGCAGGCCAGGGGCCCGGUGGAGGCCCGGGGGGACCGAUGCCCCAGGGCUACAGCAGAGCUCACGGGAUGAUGGGACCCAACAUGCCUCCGCCAGGGCCCUCCGGUCCAACAGGACUGCAGGGGCAGAACCUCAACGGCCCUCCCAAGCCCUGGCCUGAAGGUCCAAUGGUGAACGCUGCCGCCCCCUCCAACGCCCCCCAGAAACUGAUCCCUCCCCAGCCGACGGGACGUCCCUCGCCCGCUCCCCCCUCAGUACCCCCUGCGGCCAGCCCGGUCAUGCCCCCCCAGACCCAGUCCCCCGGGCAGCCGGUCCAGCCUCAGCCCAUAUUGCCCCACCAUGCCAAGCAGAACCGCAUCACGCCCAUCCAGAAACCACACGGCCUCGACCCGGUGGAGAUACUGCAGGAGAGGGAGUACAGACUUCAAGCUCGCAUCACCCACCGCAUAGCGGAGUUGGAGAACCUCCCGGGCUCUCUGGCUGGAGACCUCAGGACCAAAGCCACUAUUGAACUCAAGGCCCUCCGGCUGCUCAACUUCCAGAGACAGCUGCGUCAGGAGGUGGUGGUGUGCAUGCGCCGGGACACGUCCCUGGAGACCGCUCUGGACGCCAAGGCCUACAAGCGCAGCAAGCGCCAGUCCCUCCGGGAGGCCCGCAUCACGGAGAAACUGGAGAAACAGCAGAAGAUCGAACAGGAGCGCAAGCGGCGUCAGAAGCAUCAGGAGUAUCUGAGCAUUAUCCUUGCCCAUGCCAAAGACUUUAAGGAGUACCAUCGCUCCAUCACGGCCAAGAUCCAGAAGGCCACCAAAGCCGUGGCCACGUACCACGCCAACACGGAGCGCGAGCAGAAGAAGGAGAAUGAGCGCAUCGAGAAGGAGAGAAUGAGGAGACUGAUGGCCGAGGACGAGGAGGGCUACCGCAAACUGAUCGACCAGAAGAAGGACAAGCGGCUGGCCUACCUGCUCCAGCAGACGGACGAGUACGUGGCCAACCUCACCGAACUCGUCCGGGCACACAAGCUGGUGCAAGCCCUGAAAGAGAAGAAGAAAAAGAAGAAGAAGAAGAAACUGGAGAACGCUGAGGGUCAGACACCCGUUCUGGGGCCGGACGGCGAGCCUCUAGAUGAGACGUCCCAGAUGAGUGACCUGCCAGUGAAGGUCAUCCACGUGGACAGUGGUAACAUCCUGACGGGGGUGGAUGCUCCUAAAGCCGGACAGCUGGACACAUGGUUGGAGAUGAACCCUGGGUACGAGGUGGCCCCCCGCUCCGACAGUGAGGACAGUGGAUCAGAAGAGGAGGAAGAGGAGGAGGAAGAGCCACCGCCGGCGGUGCCUCCAGGAGUUGUCCUCCCAGGGUUGGUGGGGUUGGAGGAGAAGAAGAAGAAGAUACCAGACCCAGACUGCGAAGACGUUUCAGAGGUGGACGUACGACACAUCAUAGAGCACGCCAAACAGGACGUGGAUGAUGAGUACAACAGUGCAGAGGCGGCGUUCGCCCGCGGCCUGCAGUCCUACUAUGCCGUGGCCCACGCCGUCACGGAGAGAGUGGAGAAACAGUCCUCUAUUCUCAUCAACGGACAGCUCAAACAGUACCAGAUCAAAGGUCUGGAGUGGCUGGUGUCUCUGUACAACAACAAUCUGAACGGUAUCCUGGCUGAUGAGAUGGGGCUGGGGAAGACCAUCCAGACCAUCGCCCUCAUCACCUACCUGAUGGAGAACAAACGGGUCAACGGGCCUUUCCUCAUCAUAGUACCGCUCUCAACUCUCUCUAACUGGGUGUAUGAGUUUGACAAGUGGGCUCCGACAGUGGUCAAAGUCUCCUACAAGGGUUCUCCGCAGGCUCGCAGGGCCUUUGUCCCCCAGCUGCGCAGUGGCAAGUUCAAUGUGCUUCUCACUACCUACGAGUACAUCAUCAAGGAUAAACAGGUGUUAGCCAAGAUCCGAUGGAAGUACAUGAUAGUGGAUGAGGGUCACCGGAUGAAGAACCACCACUGUAAGCUGACCCAGGUGCUGAACACACACUACCUGGCCCCCCGCAGGGUGCUCUUGACCGGGACACCCCUCCAGAACAAGCUCCCGGAGUUAUGGGCCCUGCUCAACUUCCUUCUGCCCACCAUCUUUAAGAGCUGCAGUACCUUCGAGCAGUGGUUCAACGCCCCCUUUGCCAUGACUGGAGAGAAGGUGGACCUGAAUGAGGAAGAGACCAUCCUGAUUAUCCGUCGUCUCCACAAGGUGCUCCGCCCCUUCCUGUUGCGGAGGCUUAAGAAGGAAGUGGAGGCUCAGCUCCCUGAGAAGGUGGAGUACGUGAUAAAGUGUGACAUGUCAGCUCUCCAGAGGGUCUUGUACAGACACAUGCAGGCCAAGGGAGUCCUUCUGACAGACGGCUCGGAGAAGGACAAGAAGGGUAAAGGAGGAACCAAGACACUGAUGAACACCAUCAUGCAGCUGAGGAAGAUCUGUAACCAUCCAUACAUGUUCCAGCAGAUAGAGGAAUCCUUCUCUGAGCAUUUAGGAUUUUCCGGAGGGAUAGUGAGCGGUCUGGACUUGUACAGAGCCUCGGGGAAGUUUGAGGUCUUGGACCGCAUCCUGCCCAAGCUGAGAGCCAGCAACCACAAAGUGCUGCUCUUCUGUCAGAUGACUUCACUCAUGACCAUCAUGGAGGAUUACUUCGCCUACCGCAACUUCAAGCACCUUCGCCUGGAUGGUACCACCAAAGCCGAGGACAGGGGGAUGUUGCUGAAGGCGUUUAACGACCCGGCGUCCCAGUACUUCAUCUUCCUGCUCAGCACCAGGGCGGGGGGUUUGGGCCUGAACCUGCAGUCAGCUGACACAGUCAUCAUCUUCGACUCUGACUGGAACCCUCAUCAGGACCUGCAGGCCCAGGACCGUGCCCACCGCAUCGGCCAGCAGAACGAGGUCCGCGUGCUGCGCCUCUGCACCGUCAACAGCGUGGAGGAGAAGAUCCUGGCGGCGGCCAAGUACAAACUCAACGUGGACCAGAAGGUCAUCCAGGCCGGCAUGUUCGACCAAAAGUCGUCCAGCCACGAGCGCCGGGCUUUCCUGCAGGCUAUUUUGGAGCACGAGGAGCAGGACGAGGUCGGGGCCACGGGGGGGGUGUGGAAAUCUGGGGGGGCUUGGGAGGAGGACGAGGUGCCUGACGACGAGACCGUCAACCAGAUGAUCGCCCGGAGCGAGGAAGAGUUUGACCAAUUCAUGCGUAUGGACCUGGACAGGCGGCGUGAAGACGCCCGUAACCCCCGCCGGAAGCCCCGCCUAAUGGAGGAGGACGAGUUGCCCACCUGGAUCAUGAAAGACGACGCAGAGGUGGAGAGGCUGACCUGCGAGGAGGAGGAGGAGAAGAUGUUUGGGAGGGGGUCUCGCCAGCGCAAGGAGGUGGACUACAGCGAUUCGCUCACUGAGAAGCAGUGGCUUAAGGCCAUAGAGGAAGGAACAUUAGAAGAGAUCGAAGAGGAAGUGCGUCACAAGAAGACGACCCGGAAGCGAAAGCGUGACCGUGAUGACCUCCCUGGCCCCUCGUCAGGGGGCACCCGAAGUCGGGACGAGGACGGUAAAAGACAGAAGAAGAGGGGUCGCCCCCCCGCUGAGAAACUGUCCCCGAACCCCCCCGCCCUCACCAAGAAGAUGAAAAAGAUUGUGGACGCUGUCAUCAAGUACAAAGACAGCAGCAACGGUCGUCAGCUUAGCGAGGUCUUCAUCCAGCUUCCGUCACGCAAGGAGCUGCCGGAAUACUACGAGCUCAUCCGUAAACCUGUCGACUUCAGGAAGAUCAAGGAGAGGAUUCGUAGUCACCGGUACCGUAGUCUGGGUGACCUGGAGAGAGACGUGAUGUUACUGUUUCAGAAUGCACAGACCUUCAACCUGGAGGGAUCACUGAUCUACGAAGACUCCAUUGUACUGCAGUCAGUGUUCACCAGUCUGAGGCAGAAGAUUGAGAAAGAGGACGACAGCGAAGGAGAGGACAGUGAGGAAGAGGAUGAGGAUCUGGACGAAGGCUCGGAGUCAGAGUGUGAGUCGUCACUGAAGAAGGGAACCCGGUCGGUGAAGGUGAGGAUCCGCCUGGGAAGGAGGGAGAAGAGCAGUGACCGGGGGACGGGUCGUAGGCGCACGGGCCGCACCCGGGCCAAACCCGUAGUCAGCGACGACGACACGGAGGAGGAGCACGAGGAGGAGCGCUCUCCCAGUGGCACUGAUGAAGAGCCCUAAACCACUACAGCUACUCCCAAGUUCCGCAGCUACUUCCACGAACCAUUCAUCUGUUCAUUUUCAAUUCAUAUGAGUAUGUUACAACGCCGCGCUCAUAAGACUAUGUAAGGUGUUGGUAAUGUUGGGAGGCCCCGGCCUCAUACUGAUGGGCCACAUAUAAACAGCCUCAUUUACGCGAUACGCCGCUGAGUGGAUAUACCACUGAACGUGUUCUUUUUCAUGUCUGGCACAGUCGUAGGGGCCCCAGUCCCUUUUGGGCGGUGAACUGAGGCUGGGUAGGUGUGAGUUUCUCAGCGGUUUUGACCGGGUAAACUCCGUUCGCCCCGGACACCGCGUCUUUCUGUGGUGGGAGUUGAGACUGGCACGCUGCUUGUGUCACACUAUUACUGACCCGGUAACUACCCAGUAACUGCAUUAGAGAUGAUGCUCUAAGGCACUUUAGUUGCUGUUGGUUGUGUGGAACCUCACUGAGGGGCGAAUCCUGACUUCCACUUGUAAGUUGAAUAUUCACUUAGUCUCACGUAGGCCCAGAUUGGAAAUGUCCAAUUGUGUCCAUGUAUAUGAGGCAUUUGUCGGGACUGAGGUCUCUUUGAAUGCUCAAGUACAUAAGAAUUUGGCAGUGUUGGAUGAAGAUAUAGCCUAGUCUCCCAUUGGAGUCCGGGCAGAAAAAGUGAGAACUAAAUUCGGAUGGAAGUUCAAGUUUCCCCCAAAGUAUUAUUAAUAUAUUAAGUAAUGUACAGACAUUUCAGAUGCUUCUAUCAUAGUGUAGCAAAGCAAGACGGCAGACCGUACCGAUCUACCUUUCAGCACCAAUUCUUCCACGUGUGUUGUUUUUAAAAUGACCGACCAGGGGAACAGUAGUUCUCCCUUGUAAUCCCAUCUGCCGAACGGCGCUACGGUGCUGGAUAUCCACGGCCGUGUCCUUCUAGAUAUGCAUGCGUGUACGUGUGUUUAGGAUACAAUCUGAUGUACUGUAUGUUUUCCGUGUGGUGAACUUAAUGUUAUGAGGUAUCAACCGGUAUCAAGCUCUCUGAUGCCCCAUUCGAUGUUGGGGAUAACUUGUGUUGUGUUGUCAUUAUCACUGGAUCUUCAAGACUAGAAUAAAUGACUUUAAGUAAGCCCCCACUGAGA